UCGACUGCAGUCAAUCGCCCGAGCAGAGAGUAUGGGAGGACAGAGCCCGAAGGUUCGCCGUUUAUGUGAUGGGUGUGAAUAAUCGAUGUGCCGAAGCUUAAAAUGUGUUCGAUACGUAUACGUAGGAUGAGUGGGACACCGUGUUACUUUAAUGUGACAUGAUGAAAAUCGAACGCUUUAAAUGAGCAAUUUUUUCUGUGCAAUAUAGUUCCGACAAUAAUAUGCCCUGUCGGGAACAAUCUGACCAAUUGGUUAUGUCUGUAACACCGGAAUGGCUAGUGGAAAACAUCAUUAAUCCAAAUAGUGAAAUAAUCGUUCUGGAUUGUCGCCCUACUUGCGAUUUUCAUCAUUCCCAUGUGCGCGGAGCCAUCAAUGUCACACUGCCCGCCUCGGUGAUAAUGCUGAGGAGACUAGCUAACGGCAAGUUUUGUAUUCCUAGUUUUAUUACGGAUAGCGAUUGCAGGGAAAGAUUCGUCAAAACCUGGAAGAGAUGCCCCAUCGUUCUUUACUCGGAAAGUGACGGCGAUAUGUCCAAACAGGGACCUUCCGUUCUGUGUACUCUUUACCAUCGGUUACAGCAAGAUGGCUGCCAUGUUGUUUGUUUACAAGAGGGUUUUAACGAGUUCGCUUCUCGUUAUCCCGAGUGGUGCGAAAGUGGAAGACCCGAAGAACAAGUGGAAGCUACCCUACAGGGGUUGGGUAAUCUUUGCAUAUCCCCCGUCGUGGAUCUUCAAGUAUCCGAUGCGGAUAAAUGCGAUAGUGGUUUGACUUCCGAUAGUCCCAACGAUCCACCUUUCCCCGUGGAGAUCCUACCUUAUCUGUUUUUGGGAAAUGCGGAAAACUCCACGGAUCUGGAAGCUCUGGAGAGGCAUAAGAUACGUUACAUUAUCAACGUCACGCCCAAUCUUCCCAAUGCAUUCGAGAACGAAGGGAUAGGAAUAAAGUACAUGCAGAUUCCCAUACACGACCAUUGGUCGCAGAAUUUGGCCAGUUUCUUUCCAGACGCCAUUACUUUUAUCGAUGACGCUCGCCAAAAGAAGCAAGGUGUACUAGUCCACUGCGUAGCAGGCAUUAGCCGUUCAGUCACUAUCACGCUCGCCUAUCUCAUGCACAAAUUGAGCAUGCCUCUUAACGAUGCCUACGAUUUCGUCAGACGUCGCAAAGCCAACAUUUCUCCGAACUUCAAUUUCAUGGGCCAAUUACUGGACUAUGAGCGUCAACUAAACUUGACUCCCGGACGUUGCACGUGUCAAGAAACACCCUGUAAAUGUCGUGUUCUCCAUUUUAUAUCCCCUACCCGGUCCACUCCCGAUUCGGGCAUAGACAUCGAUAGGUGGACCUGACAAUAAUGGCGCCUUCCUCAACUAGUCACCUUCCCUGUGCCAAAAUUAGCAUCCGUGGUGCUGUUAUCAUCAUCAAUAUUAUCAUUAUAUAUAUAUAGGAAAAAAAAAUCAAAAACUGUUAAAAAAAUUGUGUUCGACGAAAAAAUAACGUUGGAUAUUAAUAUAUAUAUAUAUAUACAUAAAUUAUAUAUAUAUAUGUAUAAAGAUAAUCACGAUACUCGUCUGGUAUGUCGUCUACUACUUAAAACACAAAAUCGAUAAUACUCGAUUGCUGAUGAUCGAUACAACUUUUAAUUUUGAUAUUCGAGACAUGAAAUUUAAGAGUUUUAUUCCGACAUUUUAUGUACAAAAUUAAAUUAUAAUUGUAUCCGCAAUCCCUAUUAUCCGUCGACUACACCCGGCACCAGACGUAACCGGGCGCAGUCCUCGUUGUAAAGUAACGGAUAAUCGAGGUUACGCGAUGCUUUUAGUUCACCGCGCGUUUUAAAAACUACAAGAGAGUGAUUUUUUUUUGGUCACACGAUCGUCGUUAGAACGGCAAAAAUCUCUUAACCGGCGCGAGUGUGUUAGAAUUUUAUUGUUCUCGAAUACCCGAUAAGGUUGUAUCGAUUUUCGCCCACCUGUUUUUUUUUUUUUCGUGAAGUAUACUCGUGACGUCAUAGCACCAGAUUAUCAUUGAUCCACCGGUAUUGUUUCGUUGAACCAAUUAUAUAUAUAGAUGAAUAGAUCUUUGCUGUAAAGAGAACAAUUUAGAAAAAAUACAGACAUAAAUACAAUACAUACACACACACACGAAUACAAACAAACAAAUACAGAUACACACGUAAAAGUUGUUAUUUCAUUAAGAAGAUUUAGAUUGUGUUCAAGUGUUUACUGUCUUUGUACGGGAACCACUUUUCGAUUUAUUAUAAUCCCUUUUUUUUAUAUAUUAAACGAGUUUCUUGCGUGUGAUGUCAUGGCAUGAUCACGUGAUAGUGAGAAUUGUUUCUAUUGAUUAANUCG